CACUACUAGAAAAAGGACCUUUUGCUACUAUAUAAUUUGCGACCACUUGACCAGCCGUCGCAAAUAACCAAUUUAUUCCUCUUUUACCCGUUUUCCUUCCUUAUAUUUGCCCUACUUUUAGAAAAAUUAAAACACGGAUUGUUCUCUCUCUCUCUCUCGUGAUUUCAUUGCAAAUUAGGUGAUUUCAUCGGUGUCUUGUGAGAAUAGAAAGUAAGAAAAUGCCUCGCACAGACCUUGUGGAGAGAAUUCAGGGAGACAUUAAUGCCAGCAUGCGUGCUAUACUGAUUGAUUGGCUUGUAGAGAUAAGCCAUUUAGUAACCAGUUGUCAUGGCAUCUUAUUGUGGGUUGCUGAAGAGUACAGUCUUGUACCUGAAACUUUGUUUUUGACUGUUAAUUACAUAGAUCGUUAUCUUUCUGGCAAUGUAAUUCAGAGGCAACGACUACAAUUGCUUGGUGUUGCCUGCAUGAUAAUUGCUGCUAAAUACGAGGAGAUUUGUGCACCUCAGGUGGAAGAGUUUUGUUACGUCGCUGACAACACAUACUUCAAGAAAGAGGUUUUGCAAAUGGAAUCUUCCGUGCUAAAUUACUUGAAGUUUGAAAUGUCAGCCCCAACCGCUGGAUGUUUUUUAACGCGGUUUGUUCGUGCCGCUCAAGGAAUUAAUGAGAUGUUGCAACACUCUAUUCAUUAUUGGCUCUCUGUUACCUCGAAUAUAUUCUCUAAUGAAGUUUCUGAUAUGAUGGCAGAUAUAGUGUUUGCAUGGAUCCACUGGUGGACUGGACAGAUGUCUGAGAAGCCCAAAACUUCUAAGAGAAUUGAUGAGCAGUAUUUCUCAAAAAUUGUGGAAGACUUCAGUAGCCGAGCAAUGAAGCUGGAAAGCGACUUGUUCAGCCAUUCUUCUUCUUCUUCUUCCUUUUUUUCCAGGGUUGGUAGAAGAGUUGGCAUCAUGAAGAAAAACGGGAUAAUUGGCAACUAA